GAAUUAAUUGUUUUCAUUGUAUUUAAAUCUUUCGGGGUUCUGUUGGCAAUCUUUCACAUUUCAAAUUGAAAAUUCCAUUCAACGCGUAUUAUGUCAGAAUCGUACCAGAACAUUGGAAUAUGUCUCUUUGCUCACGAUAUGUCGUAUUCGGUUGCGGGAACAUCACUGCUACCUUGGCUCCGACGACUAUUCCGUGCUCUGGCUUCACCUGUAAUAAUAGUCUCUGUAUCAACUCGAAAUGGCGAUGUGACGGAAGCGAUGAUUGCGGAGAUAACACAGAUGAAAUAGAAUGUCCACCAGUCACGUGCUCUGACAACCAGUUUACGUGCAACAACAGUAAAUGCAUUGGCAUUGAUCACGUGUGUGAUGGAGAUGAUGAUUGUGGUGACAAGUCCGAUGAGAGCCCUGGAUGUAUUAAACCAACAUGUGCAUCUACCCAGUUCAUGUGUAACACGAGUCAAUGCAUACUACUCAGGUAAACUGUAGUUUGCACUAUAUAUAAUUUACAAGGAAGGAUUACAAAGCGCGUUCAAAAACGAGGCGGAAGCCGAGUGUUUUCGAGGCGUUUUGACAUUAACGUCCCAAACGAAUAAGUAUAAGAGAAGUUCAACACAAAAGUUUCGUGUUUAGUAUCAACCAUGCUGUGCUGAUUUCGUUUCCUUGUGAACCACCAAUAAGUUGGAGAAGUACACAUAAACAAUAUUGGUUUGCUAACACGAGUUGCUUCAGGAUUUUAGUAACAUUGUAAAUAAAUUGUGUUCAUGUUCUUAAGUCGUAAUAGUGCAUUUAUCGUCACUGCUGCUUAAAUAGAUGGAGGAACAUAGGGCUGGGGCUACUUCCCCCAAUUUUUUAAUCGGGCAGAUUCUACUUCAAAGUUGGACACCCCCUCAGGUCGACAGAAUAGUGGGAACAAUAUUUGGAGGAAAAUGUUUGUAGUUGUCGGGUGACUUCAUGUGCGUUGGGAAAAUUUGUAUCCGCCCCUGGAAAUGUUUACCUCCCGUAUGCCUAUGGUUAGGAGAUUUUGGAAUGAUGUCUGACAUGUCGGUUUGGCAUUACGUUUGUCUCCUUUAUAGCAUAGGUGUGCAUAGCCCCCGUUCAAUAAAAGACUUGACUUUUCACCCGCGACAUCUUAAUCAAUACACAGAUCUCACUAUCUUGUACAGUAGCUAUAUGCCGUCCAUGGACACGAUUUUAAACAUUGAUUGGGAAUGAUUUGUGUUGUUAUAGAUUCCUUUGUGAUGGUGAUAUAGAUUGCCCUGGAGGUGAAGAUGAAGAUCGCGACAACUGUCCAACGACAACUGGACCACCAGCUUGCGAGUUCCUGUGUUCAGACGGCACGUGUAUUUCAAGGACAAGAAUCUGUGAUUACUUCAAGGACUGUAAUAACAGCAUGGAUGAAACUAACUGUACUUGUACUAACACGACACAAUGGCGUUGCCCGAGAACUAAGAAAUGUAUUUCCAUCACUUAUAUCUGCGAUGGAACAGAAGAAUGUCCACAAGGAGAAGAUGAAGAGAACUGUCCUACGAUAUUACCAACAACCAUUGCUUCAACCGUACCUAGUAUUUCAAGCACAGGACAACCAGUUAUACAUUUCACCACCACCCCGGCUGUCAUCAUUCCGCCACUCUGUGUUCGAGGAAACAACUCGUACAAAGUAAGAACCAAACAGUGAUAGUGCUCUCUUUUAAAAAUGCAAGAUAAUAACUCACAGUAAAAUGAGCCCAGUUGGAUGUACAAUAAUUCAACAUCCUCGAAAAUCAAAGGAUUUGACCGCUUUUCCCAGAAAUCUCCAUGAUUAAUAAAACAUUUGAGAACGUUGCGCAUCGAAGCAAUGUUUGCUGAGAAAAUAUGUUCCUUGGUAAAAUGAACCUACUUCUGGAAAACAGUUUUAAUAAAAACCUUUGUUGCCUUUCCUGGAAUGUAGUUUAACAAUAAGUAGUACUCACGAUUUCUGAAUUGUUAUAGGUUGGUGAUACUUGGACGGAAAAUGAAUGUGACAAAUGUCGUUGUCUUGAUGAUGGUUCAACCAACUGUACGAAGUUCUGUUCAAUUAUUUCUUGUCCAACGGUACGUGUCUGCACACAACAUACGUUCUUGUAUUCAAACAAUUCAUUCAAUGGUUCUCUAAAUUUCGGCUAUCGCGUCAAAACCACUUGUAGAAUUGUUCAAUAAUACGUACACAACACAUUCGUCUAAGAUUUAUGAUAAUUACUAUUAGGGUAAUGUUGAACUUCCCACUGCGCAAGUUUCAUUAGUAUGGCUCUGCCAAUAACUACAUAUGUACUUACACCAAUGCCGGUAUGCAAUAAUCCAAUCCCUGUAUGGGUCAUAAUGGCUGAUGGCUUUUGUAGUCAACUGUUCCACUUGGGUGUAACAUCGCUUCCCUGCAAGUUUAUUGUGCCAGGUCAAACCUUGACACUCGUUUGCUAUUCGCGCCAGAGAAAAAAACAUUGCUUGCAAUUGCACUAUACAACUUAUAAUUAACUUUCCUGGUUGACUAUUAUUUAACUUAUGAAAUUAUCCCUGCACGACUAUUAAUAUUCCCUAAUCAUGUACAUACCAUGUUACUUACCAGGGUGAAGUGCUUGCAACGUCGUCAAGUGAAUGUUGCAACUGUCUUCCUGUUACUACAACCAAGCCAGUUACAACAGCUGGCGUCACUACAAAAUUAACAAAAGGUUAGUAAAUGUUCCACGAUCAAACUCUUCACCCUAAAAGGACGAAGAAGCAUCUAAUAUCUGACAUUUCAAAGUACACUAAACAGAUAAACGUCUAACACUGCAAAGUACACUAAACAUCUAACACUGCAAACUGUGAAAAGUACACUGAACGUUUUGAUGGAAUUAUCUGUGUAUUGAUGGAGAUGAAACAACGUCCCAUCACGCCAAACAUGUUGCGUCAACGCUUGGAAAUAAUAUUACCAAAGAUAUGUUGUGGCGCAAUUCAACAUUUCCGAGACAAAUUGGACCGGUUAGAAGCAUACAUGUAUAGCAUAUAUAUCCUUGCACUUUAUACUGGAAUUUGAUUAUCUCUUCUCUUACAGUUACAACAGUACCAACGACUCCAACAAAAAUCCCAACACCGCUUGUUACAACAACAGGUAAAGCUGACCUAUUAAUCGACGAGUAACGCUUAUAUAUAGGUAUCCGUUUGACGAAUCCCAUAUAGAAAUUGCUGGAUACUUGAUUAGGAAAGAAGCAUGGCUUCAAACGAUCGCAAGUUAGAGACUCCUAACAUGUAACUAAACCCAUUUUCGCAGUAUUAACAUAAACGUUUCUACGACUACAAAUGACUGCUUUGACUGUUACGUCGAUUAAAAUUACUACAGUCACGUACAUUUUUUAUUGCAGCUCCUGUUCUUGGUUGCACCAACGUGACGUGCUCUUGUCCACAAACGUGCGCGGAUAUAGCUCGUGGUUCUGAUAACUGCAGUACAUCUGAAUGUAAACCUGGUUGUCAAUGUCCACCUGGCGCUGUCUUAGAAAAUGAUCUUUGUCUGAAUGCAACUACUUGUCCAUGUUACCAUGAGGGUGAAGUAUACGAGGUGAGCGCUACUGCUACCUAACUGUUACUGAUAUUCACUGAAGGGCUUGAAUCCGGGGGUUCUCCAUUAAUUUAUUGUACGAUCAUCCAGAUAAAUUUUUUUUCUGUACAAUUAGUCCGCGAUAUAUAUGCCAGGCGCAUACGCUGGACUAAUUGCGCAUGAACGCAGGCUCGCAUGCCUUGAACGCAUGCGCGAGCAAACAACCUCACGACCACGCGCACGUCAUUUUGACGCAAGAUAAAUGACGUCUUUGAUAAAUGACGUCUUUGAUAAUGGCUGCCGUAUAGGUAGCAAUCUCGUUCCCCGAACAUGCCCGUUCGCAGGUUAAGGGUGGGCAUAGCUCUGGAGAAAUCGAAUUGAUUCAGGCCUGUGAUUGGCUAACGGCAGAUAGUACGUUGGAUUUCCAACGUGAGUUCUACGCAUGCUUGGCAAUUGUUGCAAAAUAUAAACAAAGUUUUGGAAUUUCUCGUCGAAAAUUUGCUACUUUUUUACACUGAAAUCGAUUGAAAACAGCUAGAAAUUCUGGAGGGAAUAUGUGCGAAAGCUUCGGAUUGAUAGGGAUACAACUACCUGAAAAAUACAAGGAGAACUUCGACGUUUCGAGCGAAGGCGCUUCGACUUGUGCUGUUAAUGUUUGUAUAUAUAGUACUUGACCUUUUAUACUGUCGUACUUACCACUACGUACUUAACACUACGUAUACCAUAAAUUCUGACAGGAGAGUUAAAUGUAAAUUUUAAAGCAUAAAAAUAUAUAAUACUCAUUCUUGAGGAGAUUUAUCAGUAAAGGUGUACAAGCUAGUGAUAAGUACAAGUAAGUACAUCAGUACAAGCUAGUGAUAAGUCGAAGCGCCUUUCCUCGAAACGUCGAAGUUCUCCUUGUAUUUUUCAGGUAGUUGUAUACCUAUCAAUCCGAAGCUUUCGUACAUAUUCCCUCCAGAAUUUCUAGCUGUUUUCAAUCGAUUUCAGUGUAAAAAAGUAGCAAAUUUUCGACGAGAAAUUCUAAAUACUUUAUUUAUAUUUUGCAACAAUUGCUUAGCAUGCGUAGAACUCGCGUUGGAAAUUCAACGUGAAUCAAUUCGAUUUCUCCAGAGCUAUGCCCACCCUUAACCUGCGAACGGGCAUGCUCGGGGAACGAGAUUGUAUAGGUAGUCGAAACGUCAGAAACAACUAAAAAAAAUUAAUGUUACUGAUCUGUUGCGCAUUAUUGAUUUUUGCCUGGUUUCCAUUUGAUGGCGAAGUCAUGGAAAUAGUGUGGACCUAUCUUGACAUGCAGUGUCCCAAAUCAAGAAACGACCCUGGGAGUAGGCAGACUAAACUGGGAGUGUAUUUACCGUACAACAGAAUCUUGCAACUUACACCACUCUUGCGGAUUGAAGCAAAAUGCGCAAUACCACGCCCUUUCAAAACAUUCUAUGCUUCCAUUUUGAUUGCGCAUGAACUAAAACCUUCCGAAGUUUCCGAAAGAGUUACAGUUCUACGUUCCACCCGUACGGUUGUUGUUUUAUGUUAUGUAAGACAUCUGUUGAGUUACUGUUUUUACAUUUUAGUUUGGAGAGUAUUACAACAAAGACGUCUGUAUUGUCUGCAUGUGUGUGAGUGAUGGAUUUUCCUGCCAAAAGAAAUGCAACAAGACCUGCUUAGCCGUAAGGACUGUCCUAAUUCAUAACUAUUAACGAUGCAUGUAUAUGUAUGAAAUGUGUAUGUUGUUAACUGGUUAAAUGCUUGAUUUCAGUAUGAAGAACUUGUAACGCUACCUGACCAGUGCUGCUAUUGUAGACAGAGUAAGUGUCCGGUAGAGUUCGUAAACGUGUAGCAAUAGUUGAAACUGGAACUCGUGUUUUAUGUACUUUAUUACAAUGUUUUACGAUCUACAUUUUACGAUAUUCUCUGUUGCAGAAUGUCGUUUCGACAUGAUCUACAAACAAUGCAGCUGUCCCAUUACCUGUGAAAAUACAACGUGUGAUUCUACCCAUUGUAAACCUGGCUGUGAAUGUCCAAUUGGAAAAUAUGAUGAUGGCACCGCAUGUGUUGCAAGAAAGGAUUGCUACUGCAUUGUCGAUGGACAACAGGUUGAGGUACGGUUAUAAGGAUCAAAUUCAGGGAAUGAAAUAAACGACUGGUCAAUAAUUGCAGUCCACAACAAUACUAGAGGACGAGUAUGUACAUGUACAUGUACAUGUACAAUAAAGAAAAUAGUAAAGCAGUACGCUAUUUCUUUCAAAGUCCUAAUCUAUUGCAUGAGUAUUGAGGUUCAAUACUCGUAAUUUUGUAGAUAUUGUGAAGGUUGCAUGUACAGUACAAUAUAAACUAGGAUAAUUUUGUUCUUAACAUGUCAUUUUGGUCGCAAAAAUCUCUCUUCAUAUGCUAUACAUGAACUUUUCCAGAGUGGUGAAAGCUGGACUAAGGGAGAAUGUGCUAGAUGUUUUUGUACUGAUGGCGAAGAACUGUGUAACAAAACUUGUAACAUUACAUCGUGUCCUACGGUUAGUUACUUUCAUUAUAAUCUCUUGUUAUGGUGUUCCUUCACUGGUCAUGCCUCUUUAUUACCCGUUCAGAGCAAUCUAAGUGAUGAAAGUUGUUUUCUCUUUUGCAGGCUUAUCAACUAGUCCACCCUCUUGAUGGCUGUUGUACUUGUAUUAAAUUACGUAAGUGAACUUCGGAAUCACUGUAUUACCUGGGUUAAACGCAAUAAAUCUAGAAUUUCUCCCGUUUUUCCACAGCCUCUACCAUACCAACAACGGCAGUAGCUACACAAGCUCCUGGAUGUUAUGACAAUGGCACGCUAAAGAAGGUAUCAUACAGUAUAUACAUUUCUUCAACGUAUGUAUGUAUAUAUGUAUGUAUGUAUAUGUAUGUAUAUGUAUGUAUGUAUGUGUGUAUAUGUAUGUGUGCGUGUGUGUGUGUUUUAUAUAUAUGUGUAUAUAUAUAUAUAUGUGUAUAUUAUAUAUGUAUAUAUGUAUAUAUUAUAUAUAUGUAUAUAUUACAUAUAUAUACAUAUAUAUACACAUAUACAGUUUCUUUGUCGCUGAAAAACUGACAACAGAAAUAGGAAGUUGUGUUGCUAACUCGUGCAGUGUUUGCUUACUUUCCAACCAGUCAUGAUAUUGACCUUUCUCUUCUACAAGUUGAGAUCAAAGCUGACUACUGUCAGCGGACAAAACAGGGCUUACCGCAAUGAUAAUCACUGAUUUAUUUUAAUGCUUAUUAUUAAUUGUCAAGGUCGGUCAAACCUGGUCCAAUGAUCUCUGUGAAAAUUGCACUUGUGAAGAAAACAACCAAGUCAAAUGUGUUUCGACAACUUGCCCAAAUGUAUGCCCACAGGUAAGGUCGACUUGAUGACAUCGAUACUGCUCUACGUUUAGUUUAUUAACCCUUAACAUGCUGAACGUAAAUGUGUUGGGUUUGCACAACCAAGUUAACAGUUAUUAUAUAGACGUUUCGUAUCUUACUGCAUGUUUAAUCCUCCAUUCAAUUAUAAUUGUUUGUUUUUCAGGGAUGCAAAGUCCAACAGACUCCAGGGAAAUGUUGCAACGAAUGUGGUGAGUUAACGGAGUUUAUGUGUUGAUAUGGUGCUCAAUCAACACCUAAGAAUUGAGAUAGUUGUUUCGGCAUAGCCACUAGUGGACCGACUCUCUUUCCCUUCAUAUUCGAACUGUUAAAAAUCGCUUUGCUGUUUCUGAUUUCCUGUUACUUGUACAUUACUUGUCUAAUAUUCUUUAAUACAAACACUGAAACCACUAUUCUACACGAAUAUAGCUAGUGUUUCCGAGCAUACGAAUUAAAAUAUUUUUCUUGCAGUACCACUUUCCUACAUUCCAACUUGCAAAGACAAUGGAAUAACUUACAAAGUACGUAUUUACAAAGAACUACUUGGGAAUUCCAAUGGAAAUGUACCAGAUUAUUGAUGUUCAUUAUUUUCUUAACUUAUUAGGCUGGAGAAACAUGGAAACCCGAGCCUUGCCAGAAUUGUUCAUGUUCCUCAGACGGAAAAGUAACGUGUCGUAUUGAACAGUGUCUACAAACCUGUCCUGUGGUAAGUACUAUAUAUAUUGAUAGCGAUAGCCAAUACUAAUAAUUAAUUAAGAAAGCAAUAAAUGUGCAGUAAUUUCUUAAUUCUCACAUGUCAAUUCCACAACUUUGUGUUAGGGUUUUGAACGUCGCCAUUUGCCUGGUCAAUGUUGUCCCAAGUGUGGUAAGUUCGUACAUUAUGUUGAAAUUAAGGCAUUUAUGCAAAAUCAAACACUUUAUAUAGUAGAAACCCUUGUGCAUGCAUGCCCAUAGGACAUGUUGACUAAUCUGACGCAUAACCAGUUCUAAUCCGUUUUCACCGCAACAUUCUAAUUUAUGAGAAUACGCAAAAACGCCAGGCCAGUUUGUUAUCUGCUUCAAUCAAUACAUAACCUGAGUAUCAGGCUCUAUUUUACAAAUAGAGCCUGAUACAAAACUUAACCUGAUCGCUUUCCGCCCACAGCAAAGUUUAUAUUUAGUAUCCAAUCAAAAUGUCGCAGGAGAAAUUUAAAUUUCACACAACGACAACAACAAUCUAAUUAUAGCAUAGACAGCCCACUAAACGGCUGAAUUUAAAUUAAACUGCAAUGAACUUAUAAAAUUAACAAAAAUAAUCACAAAUUAGCGAAAUAUAUUGCAAAUGUAGCUUAUAUUAAAUCGCCACCCGAUUGCUCUCUCCUCCGCAGAGGUUUCAGUGACUACAAUGAGCUUUACAUGGCGCUUGCCGUAUUUAUCAACAAACAGUGACGUAUAAUUAUAAAGUAUAUAUAUAUAUUAAGUAUACUUUAUAACUAUACGUCAGUCGAUAGCGCAAUCUGAUUGCGAUUUAAUAUAAGCUACAUUUGCAAUAUAUAUCGCUAAUUUGCGAUUAUUUUCUAAUUUUACUGCAGUUUUAAUUUAAAUUCAGCCGUUUAGUGGGCCGGCUAUAAUUGUAGUUGUGAUCGUUAUAAAAUAUAUCAACAACAAUAGUAUAAUCUAAUUAGCACCAGCCAAUCAAAUGACAGAUUUAAAAAUCGUUUGUCUAAUCGGCCAAUCAGCGCCCAGUCCAGAUUCUGGACUGAACAACCAGGCAAAAUGCCACUUUUGUGUCAGGCCGUACUUUUCUCCCCUUCGCCCACGAUCAGGCGUGCCUGUGCCCUAAAAAGUACGGCCUGAUACUCAGGUUAAUCAAUACACGCAGGUCUUGUACGGACGUUGACUACUCCGUCCACAUCACAUGCACAGUCCUGACUUUACGCAACAGCAGAUGGCGUGCAAUUGCAUGGAAAACAAAACUCCGUAUUCGCAUACAAUUGGUGAAUGCUGGUCAGGACUGGUGUUUGGUAAUAUUGUUCUCAACCUUCACCUUGCUAAUUUAAAAUUGUUUUUGCUACCUUGAUAAAUCUUGAACAUUAACCUUUCUUUUCAUUUCAUUUCUUAGUUCCAGUGUCGCUGUGUACCACGAUCAGGAUGACUACAGUAAUCACAGACCUCGACGGUUGUACGAGUAAAAAUGCCACAGCAUCGUUCUGUAACGGACCAUGUCACUCCAACGGAACUGUCUCUAUUAUUGGUAAUAUGACCAUCACCUCGACAUGUUACUGCUGUAAACCUACAGCCUUGGCACAAAGUUCAACAACUAUGAUAUGUCCUGGUGGAUCAAGUUAUGUUCAUUACUAUCCCGUCAUUCAGCAAUGUUCGUGUACCAAAUGCCGUGCUGACGCAACUAAUGAACUGAAUCAAUUACUCAUUUCAAUUACUCAAGAAAACCAAGGGUGAAACGUAUAUAUAUAUUGGUUAAAUAACUGAAAACUAGAAUAUAAAAAUUUAAUAGACUAAUUUUAUUUAGAAAUAGGAACAUAUAUAUAUUAGUAAAUAUUACAUUAUUUAGAUAGUUUGUAUUAUAUUAAUUUUGUAUAAUAUGUACUGCGCACUGUGUUACAUAGUUCUGUAUGUUUAUUAAUUAUCUGCAAAUUAUGCUAAUAUAUGUUAAUACUUAAUAGAUAAAAUGGAUAGUGACUAGUACACAUCCCUAUACCAAGAAUACAUAGGUAUAAAAAUAUUUAAAUAGAAUAUAGUUAUCAGUUACGUUAUAGAACUAUUUAUAUUUAACUAAAAAUAAUUAUUUAAGAUUUACAGUAUGUAAGAAGUCAUUAGAAUUGUAUGCUGGCGUACAAUUAACUAUGUAAAAAUUGAC